UGUUUUGAAUUGUUUACUUUGAAGUGGCAAGCUCCAUUGUUCUCUGCAUGUAUUUUACCACCACUGGACAAUACUUCCUUUGUGUUUCACUUUCUUGGAUUAACAGCGUCUAUAGCAGGAAGAACCCAGGAACCAUGCUCUUGAGAAGUCCCACUUGAAAGCAACAGACCUGCUUUGAUAGUUGGAGGGUCACGAAGCAACAUAUUUAUGGUUAAAAUGCUUUGCGUAAGAAACAUGAGCUCUUGUUACAUAACCCUUGGUCUAUAAAUGGAAUCCUGAAUGCCUCCUAAAUUAUUCUUGCUAAGACGACUUUCGUGGAACAAAACGGAAAAUACAAAGUGAGUGGACUUUUGAUAUGAACUCCUAACAUGGACCAAACAAAGAAUCCUAACAGACCAUACACCCAGACAAUGCUGAUACUUCUAAUACUUUCUCCAUUGGUAAGGGGAGCAUCUCUGCAGAGAACCACCAGCUCUGCUCCAAGGCUUGUUCUGUCAGGAUGGGUUCCUAAUGCUUGUACAUUAAUUAUAUGUGCAUCUGAUGAGACCAGACCAAAAGGAGAAGAGGGAGAUCAAGGAUUACCAAGACCUCAAGAACUACAGGGUCCAGCAGGACCAACUGGCAUUCCUGGUUCAGAAGGAGAUAAAGGCUGUAUAGAGCUGGAAAACCUCAAAACACAAAUAAGGGGCUUGGAAACAGAGCUGCAGGGUUUGAAAGCUGCCAUCACCAAAACUCAAAAAGUUCUCCUUACCCCCAAUGGUGUGAUGGUCGGUGAAAAGGUAUUCAAAACAGAUGGUUCCAGAGGUGAUUAUGAUGCUGCGCGUGAGACCUGCUCGCGCAUGGGUGGCGCACUUGCCUUCCCGAGGAAUGCAGCAGAGAACAGUGCCCUGCAAAAAAUAGUGACCUGGUAUAACAGAAGAGCAGUCCUCGGGAUCAAUGACAUGGCAGCCGAAGGCAGGUUUGUGAACCUGAACGGUGAUGUCAUUGGGUACUCAAACUGGGCCCAAGGAGAACCAAAUAAUCUUGGCAAUGAGGACUGUGUAGAAAUGCAUCAGGAUGGCAAGUGGCAUGACAGAGGCUGCACACUUGAGUGGUUAGUCAUUUGUGAAUUCUAAAAUCAGGAGGUACGGGGGGUGGCCAUGUUUGUGAGGUCAAGGAAUAGUUUGUUCUAAUUCUUUCAAAAUUCAAUACCCCUCUAGAUUGAACAGUAAUUUGCACAAGUGAUAUUCAAGAUGCUGCUUUCCUUUACCUGACUGUGUGCAGAAAGAAUAUGGCAAAUUUAAUGUGAGGCAUGUGAUUUCUUGUAAAGCAUGUCCAAGAAUAAAAAAUACAGGUUAUGAGUA